AUGCACUUACUUGCUUCUCUGCAGGCUAGCAUGAAAAGAGACAAGUGCCACGGCGAUGGGGAGACAGACUGCAGGGCAGAGCUGGUCUUUGUCAACGGAGGCUGCAGUGACCCUGCUGAAGAUGAAGCUUCUCCCCCAGCUCUGGAAGCAAAUGGGAGGCCCAAUACACAAGAUGCUGUGGACCUACGAAUAGUGCCCACUAGGAGCAAGAAGAUCGGCAAGGAAGACGUCUCCAAGGAAGACCUAUCUUGGCCCAUGAAGCUCAGCAAGGCUCCGGAGGUGCGACCGCGCGGUGCUGCCGGCUGGGAGAGCAGCCUGAGGCAGAAGCCUCCAGCUCGCAGGAUAUUCCAGGCAGGACUUAAAGAAGAGAAUGACCUGGAGAUUGAAAAGGAGUCCCUGGCUCCCGUUCGGUGCUCCAAGAGGAGGACGGUCCAGGUGCCCCUGAUUGACCUCACUGAGGAGGAUUCCAAGGAGUCCUCCCAGAGCAGCAGCACCACGUCUGCCAGCAGCACCCAGGAGGACCAGAACGGAUCCCCCGAGCUCGUCGCUGGGGAGCAGGAGAGCAGAGUUGCGGGGGAAGUGGUGGAAUACCAGGAUGGGAAAGAUUUUGGAAUUGGGGAGCUCGUGUGGGGGAAGAUCAAGGGCUUCUCCUGGUGGCCUGCAAUCAUCGUCUCCUACAGAGUCACGUCCAAACGUCAGGCAAUCUCCGGAAUGCGCUGGGUGCAAUGGUUUGGGGACGGGAAGUUCUCCGAGGUUUCAGCAGACAAGCUGGUGGGUCUGAUGGCUUUUAGGCAGCAUUUCAACCACUCUACGUUUAAUAAGCUGGUCUCCUAUCGACGAGCCGUGCACCAUGCCCUGGAGGUUGCAAGGAGCCGGGCAGGGAAGACGUUCCCAGGCACCGCUGGGGAGUCUCUGGAAGAGCAGCUAAAGCCCAUGAUUGACUGGGCGUUGAGCGGCUUCAAGCCCAUGGGAUGCAAGGGACUGAAACCGCCGAAAACUCCAGAGAACGGAGUGGCUCUCCUCAAGAAUGGCAUUGAAGAGGUCUGUGCCCCUGAACACUGCCCCCCGGCCAAGCGACUAAAGACUAACUUCUGCAACAACAGCAAGGAGCGGGUGGAGGAGGACCAGAGCAGAGAGCAAAUGGUUUCCGAAGUCACAAACAACAACAGGAGCCUUGAAGACAGUUGUUUAUCGUGCGGGAGAAAAAACCCAGCCACAUUCCACCCGCUGUUUGAGGGGGGCCUUUGCCAGACUUGCAGGGAUCGAUUCCUGGAGCUCUUUUACAUGUACGACGAGGACGGUUACCAGUCCUACUGCACCGUGUGCUGCGAGGGCAAGGAGCUGCUGCUGUGUAGCAAUGCCAGCUGCUGCCGGUGCUUCUGUGUCGAAUGCUUGGAGGUCCUGGUAGGGCAAGGUACCUCGGCCAAGGCAAAAGAGCAAGAGCCCUGGAGCUGUUACAUGUGUCAACCACAGAAGUGCUAUGGGGUGUUACAGCGCCGACCGGACUGGAAUGUACGGCUGCAAGACUUCUUCACCAGCGACAAAGGACAGGAAUAUGAUGCGCCUAAAAUCUACCCGGCAGUGCCUGCAACAGAAAGGAGGCCAAUCCGAGUGCUGUCCCUAUUUGACGGCAUAGCAACCGGUUACCUGGUUCUGAAGGACCUAGGCAUUAAAGUGGAGAAAUACAUCGCCUCUGAGAUUUGCGAAGAUUCCAUUGCUGUGGGAACUGUCCGGCAUGAAGGGAACAUCACAUACGUGCAUGAUGUCAGGAACAUAACCAAGAGAAACAUUGAGGAGUGGGGUCCUUUCGACUUGGUGAUUGGUGGAAGCCCCUGUAACGAUCUCUCUAUUGUGAAUCCUGCCAGAAAGGGUCUGUAUGAGGGCACUGGAAGGCUGUUCUUCGAGUUCUAUCAUCUCCUCAAUUACGCACGUCCCAAGGCGGGGGAGGAACGCCCCUUCUUCUGGAUGUUUGAGAAUGUCGUGGCCAUGAGAGUCAAUGAUAAAAGGGACAUUUCUCGAUUUUUGGAGUGCAACCCAGUUAUGAUCGACGCCAUCAAGGUAUCAGCUGCACACAGAGCGCGCUAUUUCUGGGGCAAUCUGCCUGGGAUGAACAGGCCUCUGGUAGCUUCCAGGACUGAUAGAGUUGAGCUUCAGGACUGCCUGGAGUACAGUAGGAUAGCAAAGUUGAGAAAAGUGCAAACCAUAACGACUAAAUCCAACUCCCUCAGGCAGGGGAAAAGCAUGCAGCUCCCAGUGCUCAUGAAUGGGAAAGAAGACAAUUUGUGGUGCACUGAGUUAGAAAGGAUUUUUGGCUUCCCCCUUCACUACACGGACGUGUCCAACAUGGGGCGUGGAGCUCGUCAGAAGCUACUCGGGAGAUCGUGGAGUGUCCCGGUCAUUCGGCACCUCUUCGCCCCGCUCAAGGAUUAUUUUGCCUGUGAAUAGCAGGGAUUCCCUUGUCUCUUCUGACUGGAUUAACACACACAACCUCAACUCAGCUUUAUCUUUGAAUUCUCUACCCCAGUUUUUAUAUCCUUCCCUUCCUCAUCAAAAGAAAAAUAAAUAAAUACAAUGCAGAAGAUUUGGAAAGCAAACAAAGAUUAGGAAAAGAGGAAUAAGAGUUGUCUUGGCAUUAAAUUUACAUGAAAAAUUGUAAUCUUCCACAAAAUAUUUUUCCCUGUAAAAUCUGCCUUUUAUUACAUGUUUAUACAAAUGUUUUCAGGAGAGAGCUGCAUUUCAGGAAUGCUAUUUUAAUGAUUCUUAAAGGCCUUUUACUCUCAUUGGUGCUAUUUUUUUAGACUAAGGAUUUUAAUGUCAAAACUUUUGUGGGUGAUCUUUUAAAAUCACGACAAGCUUGUAUUUUUGUUGUGUUGCAAUAAUUCACGUUUUCUGUAAAAUCUACCUAGUACCAAAGUAUGAAAAAUCAAAACUGUGCCUUGUCUAAACAGUUUUACUCAUUUUCUUAUGGAAAAGAAAAAAGAUCAAUGCCCAGAGUUUACCUUAACAUUUAUCACAGUUUAAUUAAAAUCA